AAUGCAUUGCGCUGAUCAAGUGACGCCGGCUCCCAGAAUGCACCUUGGUGUCGGAAGUAAACACUAGCGUGGUCCGAGCGAAGGCGACAGUGGCGACGAGUGACCCAGAGAAUCUUCCUGUCGACUCGAAGAUGACAAAGAAGACACCCACUGAACCACGGGAAGAGGAGGUCUCAUCUCCUCAGGACGGCUCGCUCGCUAACCCCAAAACAAAGAAACGAAAGAGGAAGAGUAAGGACCAGGAGGUUGCAGGGGAGGAGAUCCGAUGUUCCUCUCCUGUUGACUCAAAGAAACGGAAGAAGAAGAAGAAAAAGAAGAGGAAGAGGGACGUAGAGGAAGAAGAAGGAGGAGCAGAGUGUGGAAAUGAUGCUGACAAAGUGAUCAGGGCAGAAGUGCAUACGAGACAUGAAGAGGAGGACAAGGAGCGAGCAGAAAAUGAAGAUGUGGCUGAAGGUGGAUCAGCACUGGCUUCCAGUGAGCUUCAGGAACUGAAGGAGUUUUUUCCAGAUGUGGAGCAACGGUCAGCGGGUUAUAUCCGAAAGCUUCUGCACUAUGAUCUUCCUCGCUUUCGCCGCUUCAAAGAGGAAGGCGUGAGCAUUCGCAAGGGGCGCUUCACUGAAGAGGAGAACCUGCAGAUCCAGCAGAAUGUGGCUGACUUUCUGGCUCUCACGGGGAUCAGCUCACCUGGCCUUCUACUCUUCCCUCAUGGUGACGAGGAGGCCCACAUCCGUCAGCUCAGAGCACAACACCACUUCAUGGAAAGGAUCUCCGAGGGCAUCCCGAGGGCAAGUCAGCAAGUGUGCCUCCGAGCCAGGAAACUCUUUGAUCCACAAAACAAACUGGGACGGUUCUCUGAAGAGGAGCUUCAUAGUUUGGUGAAGCUGCAGCAUCUCCAUGGAAACAACUGGUCCAUGAUAUCGAGCAAGAUGGACCGGAGUGCCUUCGCGCUUGAGAAGCGUUUCUCCUUGAUCUCUUCAGGACGUGGUCCAUGGACAACAGAGGAGGAAUCCAAACUGUUGCAAGCUAUCAAGAGUCACCUUGCAGUUCUAGUCCAGAAGGAUCCUGUCCAUUCUGGUUUGACUCGGGAACAGAUGUGCAACAAUCUGCCAUGGAGGAAGAUCAGCCAGCAGGUCGGGUCGCGGUCCUGGAACCAGUGUCGGCUGAAGUGGCUUGGCCUCGUGCGGAACAAGCUUGCACAUGGACGCAGGGUCUUCAACCGUGGACCUGAAGGGCUCCAGUCCAAAAUAAAACUCAUCGAGACGUUGUACAACAUGCAAGUGGAUGACAUGGCGGACAUCAAUUGGGAUGAGGUCGUGCGGAUCAUGGGUCAUGUGACUCCAGUUUGCGUCCAGAAGAUGUUCAUGAGGUUGAAGUUGACCAAGGUUCCUCACUGGAUGAGCUUGUCCUAUGGAGAGAUCAUCGACAUCCUUUGGGAGAACGAAAUACCACGUCUUCAGAGAAUGUUGAAAGACAGGCAGUCCGACCUGCAGGGGCCACAUGAAGGAGAGACGUACCGACUCUCAGACAUCAUCAGCUUGGAGGACCGAGAGUUCAUGGAGCUUGACAACACCUCAUGAGACCCUGGACGUAAUGUGAAAACGAACUUUAUUUCACUUAAGAUUGGAGUUUGGUCGCCACCUACUGGUUAUACAGUUGAAAAGCGCGCUUUUGGGUCCCUUGUAUCAAUAAAUGUGUUUUC